AUGGAUAUUUUCAAUUCAGCGUUGAAGAAUCCGGUGCCGCCGUCGAUUAAAAAGGAGGACGAGAAGUUGGAGAGUGAAGCGGCGCUUAAGAGAAAGAAGACAUCAAGAAGAAAGCAUAGAAAUUCGCAUUUGGGAUGUGGCACUUGUAAGAAGAGAAGAAUCAAGUGUGAUGAGAACUUACCAUCUUGUUUGAAUUGUUUGAAAGGCAAGUUGCAUUGUGCAUACUUGAAUUUGGAUUCCAAUGCAAGAAAUGCUCUUAGAAUGGCUCAGUAUAACCAACACUUGAGACAGGACCGACCCGACAACGAAAAGUCACCCCAGUCUAACACUGGAGCCACCAAUUCAUCGUCUGCAUCUCCAAACGAGGUUCUCAUUAACACUAAUGCACCUCAAACUACAUUCACUGUUCCUUACCCAAUAAUCCAAACUACAGCUACACCAGUGAACAUGCCUCAACAGGCUCAUGUAAUUCAAUCUCCGUACGGACCAUUGGUGUCGCUUCAGCCGAUACAACAGCAAGUGACGAAUAUGGCAAUCCCUUAUUCACAAGUACCCAUGGUCCAGUCGGCUGUACCUGUCAUAUAUUCCAAUGCGCAACCGAUGACACAUAUCCAAAAUGGCCAUACGGUUCCCCUGCCUUCUGUUUCAGUAGCACCUCCAUCAGAAAUGAAUUCUGGAACUCCACCAGUUCCUCAAUCCAUGCACAUGCAAACCAUGUCUACAUCCAUGAUGAAUACGAUGAAAGAUAAAGACUUAGCAUUGCCGCCUUUAUCCACUAUACCUCAGUCAAAUACCUCAGCAUCAUUAAGAACGUCUCCAAAGUUAUCAAGCUCUAAUCACUCACUUUCCUAUAAUUCUUUGCCAUCAAUUAAUAGCGAAUACAAAAUUAAGCAGCUGACAGAUAACUCCCUCAAGAAUUCACCAAUUUUACCUCCAUUAAAAAACAAUAAUAACAACAACAACAACAACAACAACAACAACAACAACAACAACAACAACAACAACAAUCAUAAUAAUAAUAAUAAUAAUAGUAAUAACUCCCCAGAUAAUGCUGAAGAAUCAGAUAAGAAUCCAAAAAUAUCGAAAUUGUUAUCCUAG